AUGAAGGUGUUCUCUUCUUCUUCCACUACUACUACCACUACUACUGCUACUGCCGGAGCUGUGCUCCUUGCUUUUCUUGCGGCCACGGCUACUGGACUCCAACUAGACACCGAAAAUGAGGAUUCUAUUCGUAAUGCGGCCAAGCAGUAUGCGAAUGGCUUGAUGUCCUUGUACGAGGGUGAUGCCCCGGGUACGGCGAUUGAGAAUGUCGGCGUCUGGCCCAAGCCUCACUACUGGUGGGAAGGUGGGGCUGCCUGGGGCGGCAUGAUAGAGUACAGUCAGUUCACUGGCGAUGACGCCCAUGUCAAGACACUCCAGCAAGCUUUGACUGCCAACUACGGCCCUGCCAACGACUUCAUCUUGUCCUAUCGCAAGGGUGAGACCGGCAACGAUGAUCAAGCCUUCUGGGCCCUCGCCGUCAUGUCGGCUCUCGAGUACCAGUUCCCAGAACCAGAGAAUGCACCAGCAGACUAUCUGGAGGUCGCCGUCAAUGCCUUUGAGAACAUUGUCGGUCGCUGGGACGAGACUUCGUGUGGCGGAGGACUGAAGUGGCAGGUCUACCCUGAAAACGCAUAUGGGUACAACUACAAGAACUCCAUUAGCAACGGCUGUGCCUUUGCCCUCGGUGCACGUCUCGCCCGCUACACGGGUGAACAAAAGUACGCAGACUGGGCUGUCAAGAUCUACGACUGGAGCCAGAACGUUGGCCUCAUCUCCGACAGUUUUGAGGUCUUUGACGGGACGAGCGACAAGGAGAACUGCACUACCAUCAACGACAAGACGCAGUGGACCUACAACAAUGCCAUGUACCUCCACGGCUCUGCCUACAUGUACGACUUCACCAGCGGCGACCGUGUCUGGCAGGACCGAACCUCUGGAUUCUUGCAGCACGCCGAGAAGCUCUUCUUCACCCCUUACGAGAACGCUACGGACAUCAUGUACGAAUGGACCUGCGAGACUGGCGUCUCGGGGAGGCACUGCAAUUUGGACCAGCAGUCUUUCAAGGCCUACCUAUCCCGCUUCAUUGCCAAGACGGCCAUCAUUGCGCCCUUUACCAAGGACAAGAUUACCAAGUACUUGAAGGCUUCUGCUGUUGGCGCCGCAAAGUCGUGCUCCGGUGGUGCUGAUGGCGCUACCUGCGGGUCCAAGUGGUACACUGGUGGCUGGGACGGAGCUUCUGGUGUGGGACAGCAAUUGUCGGCGCUCGAGGUCACGCAGGCGCUGCUCACGAUUGAGAAGAACACUCUUCCUGUCAAGAAGAGCGAGAAGCCGGCUCCAAAGUCUCCCAAGCCUUCGCCUUCUGCAGUGGCCUGA